AUGUCAACCCACUCAAUUAUACCCAAAGAUCAGCUAGAUCAGGAGAAUCAGCAUCAGAACGUCUUCACAAAUGAUAGAGCCAAAAAUAGCUCCGCCAAUACCGGCAAAAGACCCCUUGCUCUGAGUUCAAAUUCAAAUGAAAAGAGACUCAGAGUACCCUUGAGUGGUAAAAACCAAAACCUCAUAGCUCCUUUGCAAAGAUCAAAGUCAUUCAUUCCACAAAAUAUUCCAGUUUCUCGGCCCCAGUUGUCUGGCACAACCCAAAAUGCGGCCCCUGUCUUGGCUCAAAAGCCAGGCUUGUCUAAAUCGAACUCAACCUUAGGGUUUUUCCAUCAACCAGGGAAAGUAUCCACGAAGCCGGCUCGCAGAAUAACAAGAGACACAAACCCGCAUAAAAAUGACGUGUUUCCCCCGCUGGAAGCACACAGAGCCAAGGACUUGGUGCCAUUAUUUCUGACUGACUCGAUUAAAAAGCACGAGACCGAAACACUUCCCCCUCUCAAAACAAAUUUGAGCGACACUUUCACAGAGAGAACUGCCUCGCUUCAUGCUUCGAAUUUACCUUCAAUUGCUGCCAAGGGACAAUUUCGUGAUCCCGUGAAGAAGUCAACACAGUCUGUCGAGGAUAUCAUUGAGGACCUCGCUGAGAAUGAGGAUAGUGUCGAAAUCGUCCCACGUAGAGACUUGCCUGCAUUGGAGGAAAACAUCACAGGUUAUACUCCCUUGAGUGAUAUGGAGUUGGAUAUCUUGCGAGGCACACGGAGAAAUCGGGUAGAGCAAUCUGUGGACAUGUCAUUUGACUCAUCUUUCGAAGAGAGUCCAGAGGAUUUGAAGCAAAACAGAAUAUACCAGGCUGAGUUAGAGCGCAGUGGCCCGGUUGGCUUGAGCCAGAAAGAUUUGGAGGAGUUGUUAGAGUUCUAA